UUGACCAACGCAUAUCGCAAGACGCGUUUUUUUCCGUCGGCGGCUUUGCAAAAGCGGCCACCAAACCGUACCGUCGUUAGUCCAUUUUUGUGCCACACAACAUGCUCGAUAUCAAACCAUCCGCUGAUUAUUUGUCCCGUUCGACCGGAAGCUUUAGCAAUUUUUCAAUGUUAUUCGCAGAUUCUUCGUACAAAUCCUCGUGGGGAUCCCACGGUUCAACACAGUCACAAGGAUACAGUUCAAAUGCCCUCAGCAGCGUUGGAGUCAGUGUUGGCAAAUCAUCAUUGGAUCCACAUUCACAUUUGAGACAGCCAGAUCCAUAUCAAAUGUUUGGAGCGACCAGCAGUCGUCUAGCAAGUUCUGGUUCUGGUCAAAUCCAAUUAUGGCAAUUUCUAUUGGAACUACUCUCAGAUUCCAGCAAUGCCGGCUGCAUAACCUGGGAGGGUACAAAUGGUGAAUUCAAAUUAACCGAUCCCGAUGAGGUUGCCCGUCGUUGGGGUGAAAGGAAAUCCAAGCCGAACAUGAAUUACGAUAAAUUGAGUCGGGCAUUGAGAUACUAUUACGACAAAAACAUUAUGACCAAGGUCCAUGGCAAACGUUAUGCCUAUAAAUUUGAUUUUCAAGGACUUGCCGCCGCCACCCAGCCGGCGGCCAGCGAUCCCACCUAUAAAUAUCAAAGUGAUUUAUUUAUGACACCAUAUCAUCAUAGCGCCAAAUUGAGCUCGUUUAUGAGUCCGCAUCAUGGAAUGACAUCGUCAUCAGCUUCCAUCUUCCCGUCGGCCGCCUCCUGGGGUAACUGGGGUAAUCACUCGAAUUUGUAUCAACCCCAUUCGAUGGGCCAUGUAACACCCUCCCACGUUGCUCCCCAUCUGAGCUCAUAUCCCCACUACGCAUGACCAUCAUCGUCCGGUGGUGGCUUCUAAUAUGAGAGCAACGCCAUCGCUGGUAGCAGUGGGGCACAUUCAAUGCAUUCAAGUGGCGUCGGUACAACAGCUGGAACAACAUCGAGUGCUGCGGCGGCAGCCAUUAAUGCUGCCACCCUACACAAUCUCCAGUCGGCGGUUAGUUCCAGCACCAAUAUGUCGAGCGGUCUAAUCAACAACUCGAGCAGUGGCGUCGGCGGCGGUGGCAGCGGUGUCGGCGGUGUUGUUGGCGGCUUGAAUAGUGCCCUCCAAACGGGCAGUAGUUUGAACCACAAUAGCCUCAGUCUAAGCAACAGCAGCAACAGCGGUGGCAGCAACAGUCUCAUCAAUGGCAACCAUCUGAAUAUAGCAACAGCAGCCUCUCUAACGACCAGCCAUUCGCAUGGCAUGGGUGUGGGAGCGGGCAGUGGAUUUGGGGCCCUGGGUGUUGGCGUCGGUGUCGGGGUGGGUGGCAGUAAUUUGAACUCGCUCGUUGUGGGUAAUCGUCUGAUGAAUUCGGGUCUGACGACAAUACUCAAAUGAUAACAUAUGGCU